CCCCAAGACCCCUGUCGGGCGUUGCGUGAAGGCUGGCUGCAAGCUUGCCUGGCCCGCAUUCCACACCAAUCCCGCUAUCCCACCCACAUCGGCCAGCGCGAAAGGCUUCCACAUAAAGAGAAAGAUCGCCCGUUUUACCUGGCUCCAGAAGUCCCUUCCCUCCCCAUCUCCCACCUCCUGCUUCUUCCAUUGUCGUCUUUUGCUUCCUGAUACCCCCCCCACCUCUCGCCCUUCCUCCACCCCACUGAGCGAACCGCCGCCUCUCCCCCGAACGUCGCACGUACGAGCUAUCACUCUCGCCUCACACUCCGCUCUUCCUCUUCCUCUCUACGCCUGGCCGAGCGCGACAAUUCCCCCACCCCGCCUGCUUCUUUGCAGAUUUAGCAAACAUGUGUGGAAUUUUCGGCUACAUUAACUACCUGGUGGAGAAGGACCGGAAGUUUAUACUCGACACGCUUGUCAACGGUCUGUCCAGGCUCGAGUACCGAGGCUACGACUCGGCCGGUCUUGCGGUCGAUGGCGACAAGAAGAAGGAGGUCUUCGCCUUCAAGGAGGUUGGCAAGGUCGCUAAGCUGAAGGAGCUCAUCGACCAGGCCGACAUCGACUUCGAGAAGACGUUCGACUCCCACGCCGGUAUCGCCCACACGCGCUGGGCCACUCACGGUCCUCCGUCGCGCAUCAACUGCCACCCCCACAGGUCCGACCCCACCUGGGAGUUCUCCAUCGUCCACAAUGGCAUCAUCACCAACUACAAGGAGCUGAAGAUGCUCCUGGAGAGCAAGGGUUUCAAGUUCGAGACCGAGACAGACACGGAGUGCAUCGCCAAGCUGGCCAAGUACCUUUACGACAAGCACCCCAAGCUGGGCUUCACUGAUCUGGCCAAGGCCGUCAUCCACGAGCUCGAGGGUGCCUACGGUCUUCUCAUCAAGUCGGUCCACUACCCCCACGAGGUCAUUGCCGCCCGCAAGGGCUCGCCCCUUGUCAUUGGCGUCAAGACCUCGAGGCGCAUGAAGGUCGACUUUGUCGACGUCGAGUAUGCCGACGAGAACAGCCCGCUCCCUGCCGAGACUGCGUCACAGAAUGUGGCCCUCAAGAAGGCCGGCCUAGGCAGCUCUCUGCUCACUCCCGCCUCGGCCGCUGGUGGCCUUGCCGCCCCUGACAAGUCGCUGCUGCACCGCUCGCAGUCGCGCGCCUUCAUGACGGACGAUGGCCUCCCCAUGCCGACCGAGUUCUUCCUGUCCUCGGACCCGUCCGCCAUUGUCGAGCACACAAAGAAGGUCAUGUACCUCGAGGACGAUGACAUUGCCCAUAUCCACGAGGGCUCCCUCAACAUCCACCGCCUGAAGAAGGCGGACGGCAGCUCCAACGUGCGCACCAUCCAGACUCUUGAGCUGGAGCUUCAGGAGAUCAUGAAGGGCAAGUUCGAUCACUUCAUGCAGAAGGAGAUCUUCGAGCAGCCCGAGUCCGUCGUCAACACCAUGCGCGGCCGCAUCGACAUCGAGAACAAGAAGGUGACGCUCGGUGGACUUCGCUCCUACAUCAGCACCAUCCGCCGUUGCAGGCGCAUCAUCUUCAUCGCCUGCGGUACGUCGUACCAUAGCUGCAUGGCCGUUCGCGGUAUCUUCGAGGAGCUUGCCGAGAUCCCGAUCGCCGUUGAGCUCGCGUCCGACUUCCUGGAUCGCCAGGCGCCUGUGUUCCGCGAUGACACAUGCGUUUUCGUGUCCCAGUCGGGAGAGACGGCCGACUCGCUCAUGGCACUGCGCUACUGCCUCGAGAGGGGAGCGCUGACGGUCGGUAUCGUUAAUGUCGUGGGGUCGUCCAUCUCCCUCUUGACCCACUGCGGUGUUCACGUCAACGCCGGCCCCGAGAUUGGUGUUGCGUCCACCAAGGCCUACACCUCGCAGUUCAUCGCCAUGGUCAUGUUUGCUCUGUCCCUUAGCGAGGACCGCGCCAGCAAGAAGGAGCGCCGCGAGGAGAUCAUGGACGGCCUCUCCAAGAUCUCGGACCAGAUCAAGGAGGUGCUCAAGCAGGACCAGUCCAUCAAGGAGCUGUGCUCCAAGACCUUCAAGAACCAGAAGUCGCUCCUGCUGCUCGGUCGUGGCUCCCAGUUCUCCACCGCCCUCGAGGGUGCUCUGAAGAUCAAGGAAAUCUCGUACCUGCACUGCGAGGCCGUCAUGUCGGGCGAGCUCAAGCACGGUGUCUUGGCACUUGUUGACGAGAACCUUCCCAUCAUCAUGAUCCUGACGCGCGACGACAUCUUCAAGAAGUCUCUCAACGCGUACCAGCAAGUCGCUGCUCGCGGUGGCCGCCCCAUCGUCAUCUGCAACCCGGGCGAUGAGGAGUUCCAGGCCGACACCCAGGCGGAGAAGAUCGAGAUCCCGAAGACGGUUGAUGCUCUCCAGGGUAUCCUCAACGUCAUCCCCCUGCAACUCAUCGCGUACUGGCUCGCCGUCAUGGAGGGCCUGAACGUCGAUUUCCCCCGCAACCUAGCCAAGUCGGUUACGGUCGAGUAAGGCGUCCCCGGUGGUCGGGUGGUCAUGAUAAUCUUUUGAUGGGGCCAUCGUUUCUACUCUUGUCUUUGUGUUGUUUUAUUGUGGGUUAUGAGUCAUGAGGUACACGGCAUAGAUCCUGGAGGCAAUGGCGCAUGCCUCGUAACUUCAGGUAUACGUCGGUUGGAGCACAUUCAACGUCGGGGAUUGGCGCUGUGGAUUUUUGUCGCCGGAUUUCGCGACUGCAAAAGGCUCAGGGCAGACAGACGAAUCUGUCAUAUCUGGGCGAGCUGCUUGGUCAAAAACCCAUCUUCUACUAUAUCCCCACCACCCUGGGUAGAUAGAUAGUAAUAUGGUACGAUUGUCACGAUGAGUCUUGUGUCUGUUCUUAGUUGGGUUGUUGGCCCUGAACAUUGUGUGGAAACCCAUUCAUUACCCAGG